CCGCUCCCGCCGCACCGGGCCCGCGCGUCAUCCUGCACUGCCCCUCGCUGCGCGGCACGCCCUGCGCACUCCGCCUUCGCCAGCUGCGAGCCGUGCUCGUGGCCGAUCACCUGGCACGAGCUCUGCGCGCGCACGGUGUGCAUGCUCGCCUAGUGCCCGCGGUGCGAGAUCCCCACAUGCAGGCCUUCCUGCAGCAACUGCGGGUGGACUGGCCUGCUGCCUCGGAGAGCACCCCGACAGAAAGCCUGAGGAGCCGCGCCCUGGCGGAGCUCCCCUCUUCUCUGGACAGGACACUGCCCCCCGGCGUUCUGGGCAGGCUGUGCCUAAAGAAGCUUGUAGAAGAACGAGGCCGAGCAGCUGGCUAUGACCCCAACCUGGACAGCUGUCUGGUGACCGAGGAUUUGCUGUCUGUGUUGGCAGAACUGCAGGAGGCAGUACAGCACUGGCCAGAGGACAGCUGCUCAGGCCUGACGACUGGAGCCGCAGAUGCUGGCGCAGACAGCUGCACAGUGGUGCAUGUGGUGAGCUGCGAGGAGGAGUUCCAGCAGCAAAAGCUGGACCUGCUUUGGUGGGCGUUGGAUGACCGGGCUCCUCUCCAUCAGAAGCACCUGGUCUGUGGCCCAGUGAAAGCAGCUGGCACAGCUAGCACCCUCACCGCCCCUGAGUACUACGCAUUCCGACAUGCCCAGGUACGCAAGGCCUCAGCACUGAAGCACGGUGAGGAGCUGGCACAAGACCCGGCCUGGAUGGACAUCUUUGGGGUUCUCUGUGCAGCCACCAUCAAGUUUGAGAUGCUCAGCACAGCCCCACAGAAUCAGCUCCUCCUGGCUCUGGCUGAUAGCAGCAUCUCCACAAAAGGCACCAAGAGUGGCACCUUCGUCAUGUAUAACUGUGCCCGCCUUGCCACCCUCUUCGAGGGCUACAUGCGGGGUGUGGAACAAGGUGUGUACCCCACCUUCCCACCCGUGAGCAGUCUGGACUUCUCGCUGCUCCAUGAUGAGGGUGAGUGGCUGCUGCUCUUCAACAGCGUCCUCCCCUUCCCAGACCUGCUGAGCCCCACGGCGGUCCUGGCAAGCUCCGCCCCGGGGCUCCAUGUCACCGCACGCACAGAGACGGUGUGCAAGUUCCUGGUACAGCUCAGCAUGGACUUCAGCUCAUACUAUAACCGAGUGCACAUCCUAGGGGAGCCUCGGCCGCACCUCUUCGGUCAGAUGUUCGCCCGCCUGCAGCUGCUCAGGGCCGUGCAGGAGGUGCUCCACGCCGGCCUGGCCCUGCUGGGCCUCCCACCACUAAGCCGCGUCUGAGGCCAGAGACCCAGUAUCUGGGAACAGUCACAAAGUCCUCAGCUGAACACAUGUUAAGAACCUGGAGCCAAAAUAAAUUGCUUCAUUUACAAAGGUACGUCCGGUCUGGGGCGUGGGCUCAGCGUCAGUCUGCCGGGUG